AUCAUCUAUUUGCUUUUCCUGAGUACCACGAUAUCGGUCGAGAGUAAACACAAAGCGAAAGUACUCGUGCUUGGAGCAGGUUUGUCAGGCGUGAUCCUAAUAGACAACAACAUCACAGAUUUCUACGUGAUCGAGGGCCGAGAAUACAUUGGUGGAAGAAUUCACGACAUCCAGUUUGAAGGUCUAACCAUAGAGACUGGUGCAAACUGGCUUCAUUUACUGGACGACGAAGAUUCGGCACCUCUGACAAAACGGAAGGAAGAAACAAGUAUUGGAGGUGUUUGGUGUAAUUAUUCUGACGUCAUCAUGAGGUUGGUUGAAACUGGCUUUGUGGAAGGUUAAAUUCGCUCGCAGGGCUCUUCAUUUUAUCAUUUCACGGAAGCCGAGAGACUGGUAGUGCGAUUUAGGUCAACGUAUCAUAUUUUAUACGAGUAUAAAAGAAGUUAACCCGUGGGUAUAACUAGUUAGUUUGCCGCUAAAGAGGGCAGAUAGUACAAAAUUUUUCUUAUGAAGCGCACACGUCACAGAAAACGAUGAAAAACCCCAAAUUUCAUCGGAAAUUCUUCUGCAGGUCCCAGUUGUUCGAAGGCUGAUUAGCGUUAAACCAGGGUUAAAAUUUAAUUCGGGUUUAAUUAUUCCUCUGUUCAAAAGCGUUUUCGGUAUGAUUUUCUCUAUUUUUUUAGGGCAUGCAAUCGUCAAAUCAUGGUCAAAAAGAAACAAACUGAAUUUUCCUUUGAAGCUAUCACAUCUGAAGUCAGAUUUCACACUAACCUUGGGUUGGGUAAUCUAAGCCCACCUGUUAACAACCCCAACCCUAAAUUAACUUAAUUUGAUUUCUUACAGAGACGAGAACGGCCGAGACAUCACAGACUGGGAAAUUGUGCGUAGAUUUGACGUUGAAAUUGAAAAAAAAUUAGAAAAUUUCCAGAAAGCCAGAAAAGACAACAACCUACCUGACAUUCCAGCUCGGGUUGGCUUACAGUUAAUGGGAUGGAAAAGUCGUCAACCGAUUGAAAAAGUGCUUGAAUAUUCGAGACUUGACUUUGAGCAUGCCAAGCCACCUGAGUUAGUUUCAUUUUAUCAGCUUUUCAGUCGAGGGAGAGACUUUUUUGUUUCAGACUCAAGAGGAUUAUGGUCUCUGUAUGAAGAUCUGUACAUACCCUUAGAAAAACAUAUCUUGCUCCGGGAAACCGUUGAAAAGAUAUCUUACUUUAGUGACUCGGUGGAGGUUCAAACAAAAAGGAACAAAACUUUUGUAGCGGACUACGUUCUCUGCACAUUCAGCUCUGGAGUCUUAGCCAGUGACACUAUCACCUUUGACCCUCCCCUCCCAGAGUGGAAGCAAGAGGCAAUUUACAAAAACCCCAUGUCCGUGUAUACGAAAAUUUUUUUGAAGUUUCCAAGAAAAUUCUGGGAUGAUCAUGAAUAUAUUUUACACGCUUCUAAAACGCGCGGCUACUUCCCUAUACUCCAGGAUUUGGACAGACCGGGAAUGUUGCCAAGUGGGAGUGGAAUUUUACUGAUUACUGUAACUGGAGAUGAAGGAAGAAGGAUUGAGAAACAAACAGACGAGGAAACAAAAGCUGAGAUUAUGACUACAUUGAAAAAGAUUUAUGGAGAGGAAAUUCCUAAUCCAUCAGGUAUGUAAACAUGCGAGCUUUAUUUCCAGCAAAAAUGUUUGGGGAAUCUCUGAAAGCGAAAAACUGUUUUUGAAAACUGAGUAACAACUUUUUUGAAGGGGGUUUUUAUUUGUGAUUAUUUAUCACUGUUGAGUAAAGCAUCAUCAAUAACAAAGAGGAACUUUAAAAAGUUUUGCUUGCUCUCUUUACCACGCGCGCUUCUCCUCUCUGUCUCCGUCUCUCUCCUUCUCAAGAGACCUGAAUUGUUGUAUUGGCUCAACUGUUACUUGCGUCUACUCGCCUUUCAAAUUGUAUUGUACUUUCUGUUUUGUUUUAUCAGCAAUAUUUUAUCAUCGCUGGUCCAAAGAUGAGUUCGCACAAGGUUCGUAUAGUGAACCUGUGGUUGGUACAACCUCACAGGAUUUCAAAAACCUCGGGAGAAAACUGGGUCGACUGUAUUUCGCGGGAGAAGCGACCAGCGAAGAAUGGUACGGGUAUUUGCAAGGAGCUUACCUGAGUGGUAAGGAGAAAGCUCAGAUUAUCGCUGGUAAUGUUAAUGACGUGCCUCCUCUGACGGAUAGCCUACUCGAUAUUCAUGAGGAACUGUAA